UGUGCGAGGCGGGUCAGUCGGGUAGUGGUUGUCAUACGCAAAUUUUGCAUUGUUGGUCGCGCUCGCUGAAAUUGAUCGUUUUUCCUGCUAUUUUGUGGCUAUCAUUUAACUUUCUGCUGCGUUUAGCGAGAGUAGGAUGUUAACUGCAUGUCUGCAAGUUCACGCUUUGCAUCUUUGAAGAUAAUCAUGUGACUCAUUGACGGAUCGAAUGAUCUACAAAUCUCUGUCAUCUGAGGAACACGUAAUCGCUGAGAAAUCCUUGACUUUGGACGUCGCGCGAGGCCAAGAAGCCAAGAGAAAAAUCGACUGUGGACGAUCAAUAUUUUAGCUAAUUGGCAAACUUUGUGGCUCUUUAGAUGGCUUGGCUGGGUUUUGGUGCAUUGGCAUCGGGUUUAGUGCUGCAGAGGCUCCUCGGAGGCGAUGCGCCCCCCAAUAAGGUGCAGGAGAUCAAGUCGGACUCCCUGCAGAUCCUGCAAGUGCUGCACCGCGAUGACUCGAUGGUGUUGUACGCGCCGCCGCCGGGACAGGCGGAGAAGAAGGCGGUGUACGAGAUUGUGCUGAACAGACCCUUCCACGAGGGCAUGAACACCUCCUUCAGCCUCUACAGGGCCGCGACGCUGGAGGACGCCGAAGAGAAGUUCAACGCCUUCGUUCACCGACUGCCAGUGUUCGUGCAGAUCGUCAAGGAGAUGUACAACAUCAACGGGCUGCAGAAGAUCUGCGACACGCUGAUUGAGAACCCCUCGUGGUCUCUGGCUCAUCUUGUUGCCUACUUCAAUCUCACUGAGUAUGUGCUGCAGGAGAAAAUCUUCGAAUUUAUUGACUAUCCGGACCACAAGAGCUACAUGUCACCUCUUCAGCUGGCCGUGAUGUCGGCCAAUUCGGAGAUGGUGAAGACGCUUCUGCCACUGUGCAAGAUUGACCAUCUGGACAAUAACAGCAGCUCAGUUUAUCACUAUGCGGCGAGCACCACGAAGGACAUCAUCAAUAUUUUGGCGGCCAAGGGCACGGUGAACAUGAAUCACUGCAAUUCCGAUGGCUACACGCCGCUGCAUCUGGCGUGUCUGGCGGACAAGCCGGAGUGCGUGAAGGCGUUGCUGCUGGCGGGCGCGGAUGUGAACAUCUCGGCGCGCAACAUCAGUGCAAUUUACAAUAAGAAGACAGAGAAUGCGAGCUCCGUGGCGGAAUUCCUGCAGACGAACCCUAAUAAGCUGGUGACGCAGGACAUGAAGCACGGCGGCACGCCGCUGCACUGGAGUUCCUCGCGGGAGGUCAUUGAGGCGCUGAUAGAGCGCGGCACGGACGUGAAUGCGCUGAACUUCGACGGCAGGACGGCGCUGCAUAUAAUGGUGGCGAGGAACAGGCUGGACUGCUGUGUGGCACUGCUGGCGCACGAGGCGGACAUUGAUCUGAGGGACAAGGAUGGGAACACGCCACUGCAUGUGGCGGUGGAGAAGAAACUGGUGCCCAUUGUGCAGUGUCUGGUGGUGUUUGGGUGUGACAUCAACAUGAAGAACAAGGAGGGCAAGACGCCCAGGCACAUGGUGGGAAAGGACGCCUCGGGCAGCAAUGACGACAUGAUCCUGUACAUUCUCCACUCGGUGGGCGCCAAGAGAUGUCCGCCGAACAGCACCAAAUGCCCUGCCGGAUGCAAUGCCACGGGCACGUACAAUGGCAUCCCGCCGGCCACGCCUGAGAGUCCGGAGUCGCGGGAGCACAUCCAGCAGAUGCUGGCGUCCACGGUGCGCGGCAGUCGGCCCAGCUUGAGCAAGUGCAGGGAUUUGCUGGAGAAGCAGAAUCAAAUUGUCGACACGACGCCCGUUCAGCGUGGUCAGAGUGUGAUGGACGCUCUGCUGGGGAUGUUCACCAACAAGGUGGCCAGAGCGGAGCCUGCGCUCGCUUCUCCUGACGCUCCACUCGUGGACGUGGACAUGCCAUCGUCGAGUUCACCGCCGGCGGAGCCCGAGAAGACGCCCGAGGAGGAGGCAGAGAAGCGCGGGCGUCUGCUGUGCCUCGACGGCGGCGGCAUUCGUGGUCUGGUGCUGGUGCAGAUGCUGCUGGAGAUGGAGAAGCUGUCGCAGACGCCCAUCAGUCACAUGUUCGAUUGGAUGGCGGGCACCAGCACAGGUGGAAUCCUGGCACUGGGAUUGGCCACCGGGAAGACGAUGCGACAGUGCAUGUGUCUGUAUCUGCGAAUGAAGGAUCAGGCUUUCGUGGGCUCGCGUCCGUAUCCGAGUGAGUUCCUAGAAGCGGUGCUCAAGGACAAUCUGGGCGAGUUCACAGUGAUGUCGGACAUUGUGGCGCCCAAGAUAAUGGUCACGGGUGUGAUGGCAGACAGGAAACCAGUGGAUUUGCACUUGUUCAGGAACUACAAGAGUGCCAGUGAUAUUUUGGGCAUUGUCACGCCCACCAAUAACAGACGAAUUCCACCGCCAAUUCCGGAAGAACAGCUAGUCUGGCGAGCAGCUAGAGCAACAGGAGCAGCACCGUCAUAUUUCAGGGCUUUUGGGCGAUUCCUGGACGGUGGUUUGAUAGCCAACAAUCCCACUUUGGACGCCAUGACGGAGAUCCAUGAGUACAACAUGGCGCUGAGGCGCGUGGGGCGCGAAAAGGAGGUCGCACCGGUGUCGGUGGUGGUUUCUCUGGGCACGGGCAUGAUUCCGGUGACGGAAUUGAAGGAGAUCGACGUGUUUCGGCCGGACAGCAUCUGGGAUACGGCCAAGCUGGCUUACGGGAUUUCAGCCAUAGGCAAUCUGCUCGUGGAUCAGGCGACGGCGGCCGAUGGGAGAGUCGUGGACAGAGCCAGAGCGUGGUGCAGUAUGAUUGAAGUUCCCUAUUUCAGAUUCAAUCCGCAGUUGUCCGAGGACGUGCCGAUGGACGAGAAGAGCGACCAGAAGCUGAUCAAUAUGAUGUGGGAGGCGAAGGCGUACAUUUAUGCCAACAGAAACAAAGUCAUUGAAAUGAUAAACUUACUUAAAUAGCGGUUAAGGUAAUCCCAUCGUUACUGAAAUGAAGAUUUAUUGUCUCCUGAGAUCUCUCUAUCGGUGUUGUAACGACUGGGAUGGUAGUUUUUAGAGUCCUUUUUACAAGUCAGAAAAGGUUCACCAAAUUCUUAUAUCCACAAAGUGACUCUCCCACUGGCAAAAAAAAGAAAGAAAUCCUCACAAACCGUUGAUCAAGCGCGAAUAUAUUUGAUCCAAUAUUGUGUGAACUUUUAUAUUUAAUGAUAAAAUGCGAAGAUAAUAUUGCGAAUUUGAUGAAAAAGUGCUGAAACUCAAGAAUUUUUCCGUAGUGCAUAGAAAAGAAAGAGCGAAUUUGUUGAAUUGGUUUUUUGUUGUGUAUAUUUACGUAUUGAGCUGAGAAGGAAAUUUAAGCUGACGACUUUUUUCUUGUUCUUUGAUACCAAUUUUUUCACGGUAUUUUGUAUGGGAUUUUUUAAGUAUAUAAACAAUGAUGAGAUAAAUUUUAAGAGGAAAGCAUAGAAAUCAUCAUUCCAGUUUGUCGUCUAACUAGAAUUUACUCAAUGUUUACCCCAGUUUUUCAUCCAUAAACAACGGAUUAUACCAAAAAACCAAGCAACAUUAAAGGUAAUGAAGCAGUGUUAAUAAAUAAUACCAAAUAGUUUGUGCAGAAUAGUUGAAAAAGAACCAUUUUACUCAUUCGUAGCGUUACGCACAUGACAAUUUGAGAAAUUGUCACAUAAAAAGUGUUGAAAAUGUGUUUAAAUCUCCAGAAAAUAUAAUAUAGUGAAAUUGUUAACUUCCUUCCAGGUUAUUUUUUCUAAUACUUCUGCUGUUUUUGUAACAAUGUAAUCACUGUGAUUUGUUAGACAUUCAUUUUGUAUCGUAGAAUCUUCUCUUCUUAGUAGU